AUCUUAAAAUAGAUUGGUAAAGCUCAUCAAACCCCUUUUAUAACUUUUUUAAUUAUCCCCCAAAGAACUCCUUUUUCUUUGAUUCAGAUCAAAUUUAAGGUUUCUCUGAGCUUUGAAGUGCUUGUGCUGAUUAUAAAAGAGUGAAUAAGGAUGCAGGCUUCAAGGGCAAGACUUAUCAAGGAGUACAAAGAAGUACAGAGAGAGAAAACAGCUGAUCCUGAUAUUCAAUUAGUUUGUGAUGAUUCUAAUAUCUUUAAAUGGACGGCUCUUAUUAAUGGACCAUCUGAAACUCCUUAUGAUGGUGGAGUAUUCCAGCUCGCUUUCUCAGUUCCAGAGCAGUAUCCUUUGCAACCUCCUCAAGUGCGGUUCCUGACCAAAAUAUUUCACCCAAACGUUCAUUUUAAGACUGGAGAGAUUUGCCUUGAUAUUUUGAAGAAUGCAUGGAGCCCAGCAUGGACACUCCAGUCUGUUUGUCGAGCUAUAAUUGCUUUGAUGGCUCAUCCUGAACCUGAUAGCCCGCUAAACUGUGACUCAGGCAAUCUUCUUCGAUCCGGUGAUAUCAGAGGAUUUCAAUCAAUGGCAAGGAUGUAUACUAGGCUUGCAGCAAUGCCCAAGAAGGGAUAAAAACAAUGAGCUACAACCGUGUUCACACAACUUGUAAUAAUGGCAUUAACAAAAGUUCAAUUGUUGCACAUUUGCUUAGUGUUCUGUAACAGUGUGCAUGAAACUAUAUAAAUCACUUUAUCAGGGUUUUUUUGUGUCUUUAGUAAGGUGGAAUUGUAAAAAUGAUCUUGGUUGUUGUACCUUGCAAAGACUUCAUGAGUAUCUUGUGCAUGUUUUCAUCAGAA